AGAGGGGCUGGGCCGGGACUUCGGGGUCCUGGGAAAGGAGGGGCUGGCGGCCCGGAUUCCUAGAUCUAAGGACGUGCUACGGUUUGCGACGAUAACAAGGCAGCAGAGGGAUUUUGAGAAGGAAUUUUGAAAUGUGGGGAGCUGAGCCCCCUUUUCCAGGGACCCCAGCUGGACUCUGGGACCCAGGUGCCCUCUCCCCGACCCUCAAGCCCAGGGGAGUACUGAGCCCCGCCUCCCCAGGGCGCGGAAACUGGCGGGGCUCCAGGGGCUCCCAUUUAUAGCUCUGUUUCCACUCAGUACGGUCCCUCCGGGACCCGGGCUGAGCAACUUUCUUCCACUCUCUCCCCUCCCUCCUCCUCACCCCUAGUUCCCCCCUACACACAACGACGGGACGCAGAUGUCCAAUGGGGGCAGGACCCCCUCUUUGGAUCCAGGUGUUCCGGCUCCCAGACCCCAACCCGGCUGGGGCGCCCGCCCACUGAGCAGCCCCCGCCCUGCGCGCCCCAUUCAUCCGUGUCCCGGCCUCAGGAGUUUCUCAAUGGGAAGAGGGUGGGUCUCCCAGGAGGCGGGCGAGGGCGGGGCGAGCGGGAGCAGCUCCCUCCACACCACCCACCCCUCAGGGUCUGGAAGCUACAGAGGAUGCGGAACCGGCAGGCGUUUCAGAGCGUCGGAGGCUUUGGAGGAGUUUACUUCGGGACCCGGAACAGAGACUGGGGUCCGCAGCCGCUGUGCGCGAAGAGUGGGGCGCAAAGAGGGUGGUGAGAGGUGUGCCGCCCAGCGAGAAGUUGGAGGGAAGCCAGCGCGGCCCCACGUCUAGCGGGCCUUGGGGGACACACGAUGAGGAUGCUGGUCGGUGCCCUCCUCGUCCUCCUUUUCUGCUUCAGGGGGCGUGCAGGUCUGUCGCCCCAUUUCCUGAAACAGCCGGAGGACCUCGUGGUGCUGCUGGGGGAGGAAGCCUGGCUGCCCUGUGCUCUGGGCGCCUACAGGGGCCUUGUUCAAUGGACCAAGGAUGGGCUGGCUCUAGGUGGCGAAAGGGACUUGCCAGGGUGGUCCCGGUACUGGAUAUCUGGGAAUGCAGCCAGUGGCCAGCAUGACCUCCACAUUAGGCCUGUGGAGCUAGAGGAUGAGGCAUCAUAUGAAUGUCAGGCUACACAAGCAGGCCUCCGAUCUCGACCAGCCCAAUUGCUUGUGCUGGUUCCCCCAGAACCCCCCCAGGUGCUAGGUGGACCCUCUGUGUCUCUGGUUGCUGGAGUUCCUUCGAACCUGACCUGCCGGAGCCGUGGGGAUGCCCGCCCUAAUCCAGAGCUGCUGUGGCUCCGAGAUGGGGUCCGACUGGAUGGGACUACCUUCCACCAGAUCCUGCUGAAGGAAGGGACCACUGGGUCAGUGGAGAGCACAUUAUUCCUGACCCCUUCCAGCCAUGAUGAUGGAGCCACUUUGGUCUGCAGAGCCCGGAGCCAGGCCCUUCCCACAGGGAGGGACACAGCUAUCACAUUGAACCUACAGUAUCCCCCAGUGGUGACUCUGUCUGCUGAGCCACAGACUGUUCAGGAGGGAGAGAAGGUGACUUUCCUGUGUCAGGCCACAGCCCAGCCUCCUGUCACUGGCUACAGGUGGGCAAAGGGGGGCUCCCCGGUUCUUGGGGCCCGCGGACCAAGGUUGGAGAUUGUAGCAGAUGUCUCAUUCCUAACUGAGCCAGUGUCCUGCGAGGUCAGCAAUGCUGUGGGUAGCGCCAACCGCAGCACCGCGCUGGAUGUGCUGUUUGGGCCGAUUCUGCAGACAAAGCCAGAGGCCACAUCAGUGGACAUGGGGGAAGAUGCCUCCUUCAGCUGUGCUUGGCAUGGGAACCCCCUCCCACGGAUAACCUGGACCCGCCUUGGUGGCACACAGGUGCUGAGCUCCAGGCCCACACUGCGACUUUCAUCGGUGGGGCCUGAAGAUGCAGGCGACUACGUGUGCAGAGCUGAGCCAGGGCGCUCUGGCCUGGGGGGCGGUGCAGCGGAGGCUAGGCUGACUGUGAACGCUCCCCCAGUAGUAACUGCUCUGCAUUCGGCACCUGCCUUCCUGAGGGGCCCUGCCCGAGUCCAGUGCCUGGUAUUUGCCUCCCCUGCCCCAGAAGCAGUGGUCUGGUCUUGGGAUGAGGGCUUCCUGGAGGCGGGGUCCAGAGGCAGGUUCCUGGUGGAGACUUUUGCAGCCCCAGAGGGCCUUGGAGGUCAGGGUCCGGGCCUGAUCUCUGUGCUACACAUUUCGGGGACUCAGGAGUCUGACUUUAGUAGGGGCUUCAACUGCAGUGCCCGGAACCGGCUGGGUGAGGGAGGCACUCAGGUCUACCUAGGCCGUAGAGACUCACUUCCCACUGUGCGGAUUGUGGCUGGAGUAGCAGCCGCAGUCACGACUCUUCUUAUGAUCAUCACUGGGGUGGCUCUCUGCUCCUGGCGCCAUGGCAAGUCCUCUUUCUCCAAGCAAAAGAACAUGGUUCGAAUCCCAGGAAGCAGUGAUGGCUCCAGUUCACGGGGCCCUGGGGAAGAGGAAACAGGAAGCAGCGAGGAUCGGGGUCCCAUUGUGCCCAGUGACCACAGUGACCUGGUUCUGGAUGAGAAAGAGGCUCUGGAGACCAAAGAUCCAACCAAUGGUUACUACAAGGUUCGAGGUGUCAGUGUGAGCCUGAGCCUUGGUGAAGCUCCUGGAGGAGGCCUCUUCCUGCCACCCCCACCUCCCCUUAGACUUCCAGGGACCCCUACUUUCUAUGACUUCAAUCCACACCUGGACAUGGUGCCCCCCUGCAAACUGUAUAGAGCCCGGGCAGGUUAUCUCACCACACCUCAUCCUCGAGCUUUCACCAGCUACAUCAAACCCACAUCCUUUGGAGCCCCAGAUCUGACCUCUGGAACUCCCCCCUUCCAUUAUGCUGCCUUCCCUAUACCCACCCACCAGCGACUCCAGACUCAUGUGUGACGACAACUGCCAUUGAAGAAUCCUGGGAUCUUCAACUUGCCAUAAUGGACUGUUCUGGAUUCUGAGGUGUCAGAACAAGUUGACAACCUUAUUCCUCCAAAACUGAACAUUGAAUGAGGGAGGGAAAGAGUGUUACAAUUGUUAGGAUCAUUGAUACAUAGUCAGCUCCUACAAAGGGAAUGCCUCAAGCAGGACCGAUAUGGUCUCCAUUCCCAACUCUUCUCCUGUGUAAAAGAUAUUUAAGGUGCUGGAUAGGCCUUUGCAGAGAGAUGAGGUCAGGGAGUGACAGGAGUAAGGGACGGGGAUGGAAGUCAUUUCUAGCUAUUGAGCGAAGGUAUUUCAAGAUGACCUCCAGCAUUGAUAAGGAAAGUAGUACAAGGCAGAUCAAGAUGAAAGGUGUAACAGGUCCCACCUUGUUCUGGGUUUCCUUGAGAGACACUUCAUUUGGCCAAUGAAAGUGCUGCCACGAUGGCUGGUCACUCUCUGAGAACCUAAGGUGGCCACCAUCUUGAUUCCAUCUACCUUCCUUAAAGACUCAGAAAGAAUUGGACCCAAAGAGUGGGGAUAGGGUGAGAACUAUCACUGUGAAGGUUAAAGGGAAACUAGGGGUAAGAAUAUUUAUGUUUAAUUUUAAAAAGCCAGAGAGGCAAACAUGUCUUGGGUUUUCUCCUACCAUCAUUACUUUCCUUCAAGGAAGAGGUCCCCUGGCUCUGUCUCAAAGUCCUUCCUCUAGUAGCCUUAGCUUAUGGAGUGAUUGUAGGGACAAGACCCUAGGCCACCUCUCAGCUCCUUGUCAAUUGUUUAGCACUGUAGGCUCUUUUAAUAUCCAUCUACACAAGCAUAUACAUAUAGAGUUGCAAAUGAAACAUAGACAUCCAUGAAGGUGUGUUCCCACAAGACACACUCAUAGAAGUAAGUCUACUAAGAUGCACACACAGAACAAAGCUGGCCCCUUUGGCCAGGGAAAAUAGAAUUCUACACUCUGUUUUAAGGAGACAAAGCAGUGAGCCCUGAAGGGGAGUUGGGAAGCAGACCAGAGGCAGGAAAAUGGAAGCCCCUUGAUCCUUAAGUGAGGAUGGAGGUGAGUCGUAACUUUUCUGAGGUGCUGUGUCCUUGAUAGGAAUGAUUUGGGUAACUGACUUUGGUCAUCCUUAAAGACAGGGACUGGGGACUUUGGUUCAUGGAUCCUUGACCCAGGAGUUAAAGAUCCAGACACCUGGGACCAGUGGAAAACAGAGCUAGAAGACUGAACUUCCCGCCUGAGGGAGAAAGGGUGGAGGCCUUGGCCUUGAGGCUAAAACUGUUGGAUUUGAGUGAGGAGGGGACUGGGUCUUAAUUGCUGUUUGUUUGGGGGGUUUUUUGGGAGGGGGAUCGAACUCGGGACCUUGUGCUUACAAAGCAGGCAGCAGAACCACUGAGCUAAAUCCCAGCCCUUAAUUGCUGUGUUCUUGAUUGAGGACAGUUUGGGAGCCUGUAUUCUUGGGAUCUCAGAAGAGGGAUUUUCUUCUUUUUUGAGGGGAGUGGGUUUCCGAAGCUGGCAUGCCGGCAGGGAGGACAAAGCCCCACAGUGGGCGUCUGAGUCUAAAAGGGGAGAAGGGUGGGGUCGGAGUCCAGAGGUUAGACUCAAAAUCCAAAUAGGCAGAACCCAAGACCCAGUCUCAAGGCUUGGCCUUGGCAUGGGAUGGGCCGCCUGGAAUCUCUCAGGGCGGGGGCCCUGGCGCAGGCUCCCACCCGCGUUCCAGAGCCACUGGCUCUGCGCAGAGCUGCCACGCUAUUGUCCUGGAUAGGAAGGCGGGACUGGCGU